AUGGCGUCGGAAAGCGACACCGAGGAAUUCUUUGAUGCCCCCGAAGAUGUGCACCUAGGGGGCGGCGACCCUGUGGGGUCUCCAGGAAAGGUUGGGAUUUCAACAUUAAAGGAAACUGAGAACACUGCGUACAAAAUUGGAAAUGAGUCUCCUGUACAAGAAUUGAAACAAGAUGUGUCUAAAAAGAUUAUUGAAAGUAUUAUUGAGGAGAGUCAGAAAGUACUACAGCUUGAAGAUGACUCUUCGGAUUCUAAAGGAAAAGGACACUCUGAUCAGGCUACUGCCAGUCCUGUUGGAGCUGGAUCAGAUCUUAGCAACAUACCUGGACUGUUAGCCAUAGAUCAAGUCCUGCAGGAAGAUUCCAAAAAGGCAGAGAGUCAAAAUGCAAUAGAAGAAACUGAAUUAGAAUCAAAUAGAUGUUUUCCUUCUGAUGACACCUGUGAGAAGUCAAUAGAUGAAAUCACGAAGUUAACUGAAAUAAGUUCAGCUGAGCAGCAUAACGUGCCUGAAAGCGAAGCAGAAGUAUUGAACAAGGAAGCCGUGGAAGUCAAAGGAAGUGAUGUUCUAGAACCUGUGUCCUCAAACUCUUUAUCUACUAAAGAUUUUGCUGCCAUGGAAGAAGUGGCUCCUGCCAAACCCCCAAGACAACUUACUCCGGAACCUGAUAUAGUGGCUAGUACAAAGAAGCCUGUUCCGGCACGCCCUCCCCCUCCAACUAAUUUCCCACCUCCUAGACCCCCACCUCCAUCUCGACCUGCUCCGCCACCAAGAAAAAAGAAAAGCGAAUUGGAGUUUGAGGCCCUUAAAACACCUGAUCUAGAUGUUCCCAAAGAGAAUAUUACAUCUGAUACUCUCCUAAGUACGAACAUGGCUUCAGAGAAUACAGUCAAGGAUUCUCAGCCUUCUCUUGAUUUGGCGAGUGCUACCAGUGGAGAUAAAAUAGUUACUGCUCAGGAAAAUGGAAAAGCACCUGAUGGGCAAACCAUAGCAGGUGAAGUGAUGGGCCCUCAGAGACCUAGAUCCAACUCUGGGAGAGAGCUUACUGAUGAGGAAAUUUUAGCCAGUGUCAUGAUUAAAAACCUGGAUACUGGCGAAGAAAUCCCUUUGAGUCUUGCGGAAGAGAAACUGCCAACAGGUAUUAAUCCCCUCACUCUGCACAUCAUGAGAAGAACUAAGGAAUAUGUAAGUAAUGACGCAGCACAGUCAGAUGAUGAAGAGAAGUUGCAGUCUCAAACAACAGAUACUGAUGGUGGAAGGUUAAAACAGAAAACGACUCAACUAAAGAAGUUCUUAGGAAAAUCAGUAAAGAGAGCAAAGCACCUUGCAGAGGAAUAUGGUGAACGUGCUGUAAAUAAAGUUAAAAGCGUUAGAGACGAAGUGUUUCAUACUGAUCAAGAUGAUCCUUCAUCGAGUGAUGAUGAAGGAAUGCCAUACACGAGACCAGUCAAAUUCAAAGCAGCGCAUGGUUUCAAAGGACCUUAUGAUUUUGAUCAGAUCAAAGUGGUGCAAGAUCUUAGUGGUGAGCAUAUGGGAGCCGUUUGGACCAUGAAAUUUUCUCACUGUGGCCGACUACUUGCCUCAGCUGGACAAGACAAUGUAGUGAGAAUAUGGGCCUUAAAAAAUGCUUUUGACUAUUUCAACAAUAUGCGAAUGAAAUACAAUACUGAAGGACGUGUGUCUCCAUCACCUUCUCAGGAAAGUCUGAAUUCAUCAAAGUCUGAUACAGAUACAGGGGUGUGCGGUGGAGCCGACGAAGACCCUGAUGAUAAAAAUGCACCAUUUCGGCAGCGGCCGUUUUGCAAAUACAAAGGACACACUGCUGAUCUCCUUGAUCUUUCAUGGUCCAAAAACUACUUCCUGCUUUCUUCUUCGAUGGAUAAAACAGUCAGGUUAUGGCACAUUUCCAGAAGAGAAUGCCUUUGCUGUUUUCAACAUAUAGAUUUUGUCACUGCCAUAGCUUUCCAUCCAAGAGAUGACAGGUAUUUUCUGAGUGGGUCAUUGGAUGGAAAGCUCCGCCUUUGGAACAUACCUGACAAAAAAGUGGCUUUAUGGAAUGAAGUAGACGGUCAAACAAAAUUGAUCACAGCUGCGAAUUUCUGUCAGAAUGGCAAAUACGCAGUAAUUGGGACAUAUGAUGGCAGAUGUAUUUUCUAUGAUACCGAGCAUUUGAAAUACCACACACAAAUACAUGUCCGAUCUACCAGAGGACGCAACAAAGUUGGAAGAAAAAUUACUGGCAUUGAACCUUUACCCGGAGAAAAUAAGAUACUGGUAACCUCAAAUGACUCCAGAAUCAGACUAUAUGAUCUUAGAGAUUUGUCACUGUCCAUGAAGUAUAAGGGUUAUGUCAACAGUAGCAGCCAGAUCAAAGCAAGUUUCAGCCAUGAUUUUAGUUACCUUGUCAGUGGCUCAGAAGAUAAGUAUGUUUAUAUCUGGAGUACUUACCAUGACCUCAGCAAGUUUACUUCAGUCAGGAGAGACCGUAAUGACUUUUGGGAAGGUAUUAAAGCACAUAAUGCAGUUGUUACGUCGGCCAUCUUUGCUCCAAACCCAAGUUUGAUGUUGUCUUUGGAUGUGCAAUCUGAAAAGUCAGAAGGGAACGAAAAAGGUGAAGACGCCGAAGUUUUGGAUACCAUGCCCUCUGGUAUUCUGAAGACAGAUAAUACAGAAGUUCUUCUUUCUGCUGACUUCACUGGAGCUAUCAAAGUGUUUAUUAACAAAAGGAAAAAUGUAUCUUAA